UGGCCCUAACGUGACGUUUCGACGUGUGUGCGUAUAUGCCACGUGAUGCAGUGGCGGGCUCUUCUGAAUCUGGGACAGGAACAGCGAGAGCAACGGGCGCGGAGGGUAAACAAUCCUGUCCGGUGGGCGUCUCCGAGGAAUAGUAAAUACUUGGUGCCAUGGCCAUGCAAUUGCAAUGUGAUGCAAGUCUAGAUACGUCAACGGAGGAGGAAAGCUUUGGGCCUCAACCCAUUUCACGACUAGAGCAAUGUGGUAUCAAUGCAAAUGAUGUGAAAAAGUUAGAAGAAGCUGGAUUUCACACAGUGGAAGCUGUUGCCUAUGCACCAAAGAAGGAAUUGCUCAAUAUUAAAGGCAUCAGUGAAGCCAAAGCAGAUAAAAUCUUGGCAGAAGCAGCAAAACUGGUUCCAAUGGGUUUCACCACAGCAACAGAGUUUCAUCAGCGGAGGUCAGAGAUCAUUCAGAUCACCACUGGGUCCAAAGAACUUGAUAAGCUCCUUCAAGGAGGAAUAGAAACUGGGUCUAUAACGGAAAUGUUUGGAGAAUUCCGCACAGGAAAGACUCAGCUGUGUCACACCCUGGCUGUAACCUGCCAACUCCCUAUUGAUCGAGGUGGUGGUGAAGGGAAGGCCAUGUACAUUGACACAGAGGGCACUUUUCGUCCAGAGCGUUUGCUUGCUGUGGCUGAAAGGUACGGCUUAUCUGGCAGUGACGUGCUUGAUAAUGUAGCAUAUGCUCGAGGAUUUAACACAGACCAUCAGACCCAGCUUCUUUACCAAGCAUCUGCUAUGAUGACUGAAUCAAGAUAUGCUUUGUUAAUAGUCGACAGCGCCACAGCCCUUUACAGGACAGAUUACUCUGGUCGUGGUGAACUGUCAGCCAGACAGAUGCAUUUGGCCAGAUUUCUACGUAUGUUGCUUCGACUUGCAGAUGAGUUUGGUGUGGCAGUAGUAAUCACAAAUCAGGUGGUAGCACAAGUAGAUGGAGCUGCAAUGUUUGCUGCAGAUCCCAAGAAACCUAUUGGAGGAAAUAUCAUUGCACAUGCUUCAACAACCAGGUUAUACUUGAGAAAAGGUCGGGGUGAAACUAGGAUAUGCAAAAUCUAUGAUUCACCUUGCCUUCCUGAAGCAGAAGCCAUGUUUGCGAUUAAUGCUGACGGGGUAGGAGAUGCUAAAGACUGAAGAAUACCAUCUCUUCAGUUUACAAGAAGAGACUGGCCAAAAGAGGCUAUCCUUUCUAUAUGAACCUCGUCCUCGUCCUUUCUAUAUGAACCUCGUCUUCUGCUAUAGCUUUGGUGACUGCCAGAGGAAGCUGCCAUAACCUAGCUAUGCUGAGACUGGCUACUGUUGGAAUUGCUGAACCUAGUUUCAAAACAAACUUCAAGGAAGGUCCUGCUGACACAAAUCUGACAGCUGUUGCUGUGUUGGAUCUUUCUGUUGUUUAAUACAGUAGUGCGGUGACAACUCUUGAGAAACAUCUCAUACAUUUGCAAAAUGUGUGCAAGGCUGGUGGAUACAUCAAGUGUAAACAAUGAACACUUCCUGAUUUAGCGACUGAUGCCCCCCAAAAUGCAACAAAUAUGUUCUGUAAAGGAGAUUUAAAAUUUCGGCAGCUACCAGUUCAGAUUAGAGGCUUUUUCUGUUGAAAUGGUUGGCGGAAAACUUUAAACUUAUGGCUCUAUCUUCAGAACAGAAACUAAAAUUGAAAUUUUCUUUUUCUAAAAUCUAUUUCCACUGCUGUAAAUUGAGAUGUCCUUUGCAUCAGCCCAGAAAAGCUAGGUCUCUCUUUCUGUGGUGAACAAAGGUUGUAGACAUUUUUAUGACAGCAUUGCUGAGAUGUGUUCUGCAUCUAUACCUUCUGCUUGUAAAUACUUCCUAGAAAUUUGAUUUAAUUAAAGUUAAUCGUACACACAUAGUA